CCCCCUCCCUCUACUCCAGCAUACUCAUCCGCCCUACGCCAAUGCUUCGCCUUCCUUCGACGUCUGUAUCAGCACUGAGGUCUGCUGCCCGUACCAACUCCACUCUUGCCCUCUCUGCUUCGGCCUCUCGCGCCCUCUCCACUUCCAUCGCUUCCAAGGCCGCCUCGCCCGUAGCAGCCAAGAGCGCCUCCCGUCAGGCCAAGAACAGCCCCCGCUCCGCUCUCUUCUCUACCUCCGCUCCCAAGAUGGCUGGCGGUGUCGGUCUCGGUGAGGACAAUGUCCGCCCCCCUCCGGACGAGGUUGUGCAGAAGAUUGCCGACUACGUCCACGACUUUGACAGCAUCUCGCAGGAGGCCUACGACACUGCCAGGCUCGAUCUGCUCGACACACUAGGCUGUGGUAUGGAAGCUCUGAAGUUCCCUCAGGCUCGAUCUGUCCUCGGUCCCGUCGUCCCCGGUACUGAGGUCCCCAAUGGAACCAAGGUUCCCGGUACUCCUUAUGUUCUCGACCCCAUUCGAGGUGCCUUCAACAUCGGUGCCAUGGUCCGUUGGUUGGACUUCAACGACACCUGGCUCGCUGCCGAGUGGGGCCACCCCUCUGACAACCUGGGCUCCAUCCUGGCUGUCGCUGACUGGCUGUCUCGAACCAACGUCGCCAAUGGCAAGGCGCCCCUGAAGGUGCAGGACGUCCUGACUGCCAUGAUCAAGGCACACGAGAUUCAAGGAGUCAUUGCUCUCGAGAACUCGUUCAACCGAGUCGGUCUCGACCACGUCCUGCUCGUCAAGCUCGCUUCUACUGCUGUUGUUUCCAAGAUGCUGGGCAACAGCCGAGACCAGACCAUCGAUGCCAUCACCCACGCCCUGGUGGACGGACAGUCGCUGCGAACGUACCGCCACGCUCCCAAUGCUGGCUCUCGUAAGUCUUGGGCUGCAGGAGACGCUUGCUCCCGAGCUGUGAACCUUGCACUCCUUGUUAAGAAGGGGGAGCCCGGAUACCCUUCUAUCCUGACUGCCAAGACUUGGGGCUUCUACGAUGUCCUGUUCAAGGGCAAGCCUUUUGAGUUCACUCGCGAGUACGCAUCCUACGUCAUGGAGAACGUCCUGUUCAAGCUUGUUCCCGCCGAGUUCCACGCUCAGACUGCCGUCGAGUCUGCUGUCGUUCUGCACAAGCAGAUGAAGGAGGCUGGCAAGACCGUUGAUGACAUCAAGCGUAUCAACAUCAAGUCCACUGAGGCCACCAUCCGCAUCAUUUCCAAGCAGGGCAAGCUCGCCAACUACGCCGACAGGGACCACUGCAUCCAGUACAUGGUUGCUGUGCCCCUGAUCGAGGGUGGUCUGGAGCCCCAGCACUACAACGACGACUAUGCCGCGUCCACUCCCAUGAUCGACACCCUGAGGAGCAAGACCUACGUCGAGGAGAACAAGGAGUACUCCCGAGGCUACCUGGACCCCGAGCAGAGGUCCAUCGGUAACGACGUCGAGAUCGAGUUCAACGACGGCUCCAAGAUCCAGCACGCCAUGGAGUACCCUGUAGGCCACGCCAGGAGGAGGGACGAGGCCAAGCCUCUCAUCGCUGCCAAGCUGAAGAAGCACCUUGACGGACAUGGCUACUCCAGUUCAGACCAGGACGCCAUCCUGAAGCUCAUCGAUGACCACAAGACUCUCGUCGACCUCCCCGUCAACGAGUUCGUCGAGCUCUGGAAGCCCUCGACCCUCGUCUAAGCUAUUUCGCCAGGAACAAACAACAGCUAGACGCGACACGGAUCACGCAAUGUGCUUUUCCCACAAUUCACAAUGUUCUAGAAAAUCAGCUGUGGUAUUGAUGUAGCAAAACAAAGCAUGUGUUGGGUAUCGAGAUUUGCUAUUUGACAGUGGGAUUGUGAGCCUGAAAGUUCGUUGCACCGUAGACUGCGUGACAAUUUAGAACUGUGAGGGUCAAUCAUUGCUUUGCAGAUGUUACAGCCUCUUGACUCCUCGCUUUGCAGCGGUGACUUUCUUCGUCGGUGGGGCUGUCUUGCUGG